AUGUGAACUUGAAAUUUUUCAUACUCGAGCAGAGCGGGCUGCUUGUUUAUCUCUGCCUUAAAGCACGAACGGCUGCUGCAAUCAAAAUGGCGAAUUCAUUACCACCGCAACACGAAUUGGCUACAAAAAUAUUUAUUGAAACUGUGAACAAUCUUCGUCAAAAAGUUCGGACUACUCCUGUCACAUGGUCUGUAGCAACUAAAUUUCUAGCAGCACGUAAAUGGGAUGUUGGACGAGCUGUAACACUUUAUGAAGCCCAUGAAGCUACUAGAUUAAGGGAGGGACUCCUGAACUUUGACCCAACUCAAGAUCCAUUGAAAAGUGAGCUGAGUACAGGAAAAUUCACAGUUUUGCCAACUCGGGACCAAAACGGUGCUGCCAUAGCAGUUUUUACUGCCAGAAUACAUUCUCCUCUGGAAUCUUCACAUCAGACAACUUUGCAGGGUGUGGUGUAUCAGUUAGAUGUGGCACUUGAGAGUAUUGAAACUCAACGAUAUGGCUUGGUGUUCAUUUAUGAUAUGUCAGAUUCCAAAUACUCAAACUUUGAUUAUGAACUCAGUCAGAAAAUCCUUACGCUGUUAAAGGGAGGAUAUCCUGCCAAGUUAAAGAAAGUCCUCAUUGUGACUGCACCGCUAUGGUUUAAAGCUCCAUUUAAAAUCCUUAGAUUGUUUGUUAGAGAAAAGCUUCGGGACAGAGUUUUCACAAUAAGUGUUCCUCAGUUGACAUCUCAUAUACCUCGAGAGUCACUCCCUGUGAAACUGGGUGGUACAGUGGAAGUGGAUCAUGCAGCUUGGUUGCUUAAGUGUCUUCGCUCCAUGACUAACCGAGAGCAGCACGGUGAUGGAACAGGGGAAGGGGCUGGCCCACAGUGUGUCCUGUCUAGUGAUGGAGCAGACCUGACUUCGUCUUCAUCUUCCCUUUCCCUGUCUGUUUCAUCAAGUGUUGCAGCAGCAACUGAUGCAGCCAAAGCCUUAAUUGGAAACGGCAUGGCUGGCUCAGGGUCACAAGCAGCACAGGACAAAGAAACAGCCACCACAAAUGGCAAUGCCCAACAAAAGCAAAUGGAUUGUGGUGGAUUUGGGUCAGGUGGUGAUGAAGAUGAUGAAGAUGAUGCUGAGGUAGCAUCUGCUAGUCUCUGUAACAAUCCUCAGACUUGGGACCAUGACAAUGCAGGUGUGAAUGGAGAAGCAUCAUCUCCCGCACCACCUUCUUCCGCCAGUAGUGGUUUCUCCUCUGAGGACAGUUUGCACUGCGAUAUAAGUAGUGGUAUGAAAAUUGAAGAAUUUGUGGAAUAUGUUCGAAAUAAGGGACAUUCUGAACUUGUUGCUGAGUAUGUUGAAAUUAAGCUUCGCGAAGCUGAUGGAUCAUUUAAUCAUGCAAGACUGCGUCCCAAUGCACCGAAAAAUCGUUAUUCCGACGUAUUAUGCUUUGAUCAUAGUAGGGUACUACUUUCUCAAAUUGAUGAUGAUACUUGCAGCGAUUAUAUCAAUGCAAAUUUUGUUGAUGGAUACAAGCAGAAAAAUGCUUUUAUUUCAACUCAAGGUCCUCUCCCUAAAACAUCUACUGACUUUUGGCGCAUGAUUUGGGAGCAGCAGGUUCUGGUUGUUGUAAUGACCACUCGGGUUGUUGAAAGGGGGAGAACCAAGUGUGGGCAAUACUGGUCCCCAGAUGAAGGGGGAUCACUCACUUUUGGUGAUUUUGAAGUGACAACUGAUUCUUUGGAGCAGAAUGAAGAUUACACUGUUACCUCUCUAACUCUUACCAACACUAAGACGGAAGAAUGUCGGACAGUUAGCCAUAUGCAGUUUACCUCCUGGCCGGACUAUGGAGUUCCUCAGUCAGCUCAGGCAAUGCUGGAAUUCCUUGACAGAGUCAGGUGUCAGCAGGCUACAAUGGUAGCUGAUUUAGGGGAUACAUGGGCUGGACAUCCGAAAGGACCACCAAUUAUUGUACAUUGCUCUGCGGGAAUUGGACGAACAGGAACAUUUUGUACUCUAGAUAUCUGCAUAGCCCGACUUGAAGAUGUAGGUACUGUGGAUGUUCGAGGCACUGUUGAGCGAAUCAGAUCACAAAGAGCAUUUUCCAUACAAAUGCCAGAUCAAUAUGUUUUCUGCCAUCUGGCUCUCAUUGAAUAUGCUUCGUUAAAAGGACUUAUCUCCAACAUUGAUCUUGAAGGGUUAGAGAAGUUAAAGGAAGAUGAUUCAGACUAAAAUAAGACCAAUCAUAGACAUUAAGCAUAACUAAAUGCAAAUGGUUUAUUUUUGUUCCUGUGAAAUUAAACCCUGUGAGAAGUGAAGAUCAAGAACCUGGUUAGUGGUUUUAUUGAAGUAUUUAAAUCUGCAAGUAUUUAAAGUUUGUGAAUAUAGGGGUAUAGUGCCACUGUGAUAUUGUAUGGCAGUCACUGACUGUAAGCUGGCACUCAUGUUGCUGACUCAACCUGUUUCCUUCAGUGUCAUUGAUAUUAAUUAAAGAAACUACAGCUGACCCACCGUAAUCCCAGAACUGAUUUUCAGCAAAUUCUUAAGGAAACAUGGUGUAUUAUCAACAUUUGUGAUGUGAGAGGUUGUGGUGUGGUGUGCAUUGUUUUCUACGUGUAUCUGGUCAGUGCGAGAAUUCAACUUGAAACAGGAGGUAUACAGAAGUUUGCCUGAUAGUUUUUAUUAACUUCUGGUUUUAAAAAAGUGUCAGGAGCAUUUCUCUUCUUUUUUCUUUUCUUUUUCUUAUUUCCCAGCUGUCUUUUGCAUAUGUGCGGUGUUAAGCAUAUCAAAAAGCUUUUGUUUUAAUUAAAUCAUUGCUUGUUUAAAUUCUUCUUUUCUAAAUCUCAUUUCAUCUCUUCCUUUUUCCCCCCUUAUGCACUAACUAUUAAACCUUGUGUUUUCUUGUGAUUUCUGUGAAAUGUACAAUAUUUGUUAAGUCACCAGAUGGCAAUGAUAUGAGACUUUUGCGUUGUGCUCCCUUGAAAGAGCAUCAAUUAUCCCAGUAGUAAGGAAAUAGACUAAAUUGUUCUUCCCAAUUUUGUAAUGAGAACCUUUUUAUAUCCUGUUAGAAUACCUUUAGACCUGUACUACUUUUAUUAUCAAGGUAUGUGACUGAAUUAAUUGGGAUAAAUAUAAGGUUAUUGUAUUUUAUUUGGUAUACGCACUCUUGAGAAAAUAUGAUCUGUUCUUUUAGAAUCUCUCAGAGAACACAUUUCUUUCACUGUUAUUAUUGAGGUAGUGUAACCUAACUUAUCAGUAACAAUUGAAAUAAAGAAAUUGACCAUCAUCUGUUUGGUCAUAACUUAUCUUGUUACAAAGUUAUGAGGCUUUAGUGAAAGUCAUUGUAGUAACUUCCUAUUUUGAAAUUAGCCAUAACCAGUGUGUGAGGAUUUCUUGUUGAGGUAAAGUGCAAAGUGCUUUUCAAUUCUUCUUAUCUAAAGUGCUUGCGAACAAACUAAAAUUUGUGUAUUUCAGUGAAAGUGUGCUGGUACAAAAUCAUGUAUGUAUGAUGUUUUAAAUGAAACUUCAGUUUAAAAGAUACACCUAUGGAAAACUGAAGUUUGGUUUAAGAACAUAGUUCCCAAGCCAUAUUUUUAUUGGAGUUUUACUGUAUUGAGAAACACUUCAGCAUUGACUGAAAAGAAAAGAUUGGUGUUCCUGGGUUCUUGUGUGCAAAUCUGGUUUAAUCGUGAAAUUAGGAAUAAUUUUACCAAAAAGUUUUCUUUUUUCAUGGGGAUGUAUAAUUUCCCAUCUCUUGAAACACCAAGAUACUUUUGAAAACCUGUAGCACCUCACAUAUUUACCAAGCAUCUGAUUUAAGUUGCUUCAUGACAAGGAUGAUGCCUCCUGUUAUUUUAGUACACUUGGCUUCCAAUGUGUGUAGAAGUAACCCUAAUCCUUGACUAUGGUCAUGUUUUUGUCAUGCUGUUCCUUACCUCAAGCUUUGUGAAUUGUAUAUGGCUGAAUUUGAGUGUAAAUUUAAACCAAAGAAAUGUAGAUUCAGUAUUUUGAUUGGCAUUUGACUGAAGUUGAGCUAUUUUAUUGUUGUUUUUAAUUUUAGUUUUUAUUUUUUGUUUUCAUUUUGGUCAAGAUUUAGGGCUACCAUGUUUCCACCUCUAAAGAGAGCAGCAGCUAAACAUUUUCUUCACUAAUCAAACUAAUCAAUUGUAUUUAAAAUGUCAUGGACUUAAACCAACAAGAUUAAAUUAAUAAAUUAAAGUUUCUUUCCUACACAGCUACUUUUUGUAGAAGGCAGCUGUUGCCUUACAUUUUUAACUUAGUCUGAUAUUUGUUGGAAGGAUGAUUUAAAAUUAUUUUCCUAGUAGCUGUGUUUUUUUCUUACAUCUAUAUGGGUGGCUGCAUGUAACUCUAUGUGUGCAGCUGUUCCAGAAUAUAUUUGUUGUUGUUAUUUUUACUUCUAUAAUUCAGUUAGAAUGUUUGACUGCUACUGCAACUAACUGCCCAUGUUUCUAAUGCUACUCUUUAUACGAACCAUCCUUCUAUAUAUAACGGUGAUAAUCAAUUUUGAACACCUUAUAGAAAUUGUGAUAUUGAACUCAUGUUUAUAAUUUGUAUCUAUGCUUUGUGAUGUACUGAUUACUUAGGUUACGAUCGGUGCAAAUUUUUGCCACAGACUUUCACAACAUUCAUGUCUCUUAUCAUGCUUUGUCAUCAGAGUUUUCAGAGUAACACGUGUUUCAGUUUCGUUGUGCUGCUCUUGUCAUUUAAUUAGCACCAAACUCAUUUUAAUGUCUCAUUUUCAUUAUGUUAGUAACUGUCUUACCAUUACGCAGAUGCAGCCUAUUCCUGUAAACUGCACUGACUGGAUAUGCGUGGGAAUAUAUUUCAGUUCCAUCUUGUUUUCUUUUUCUAUUAUAAAUAGAUGUCGGAAUUAUUUUAUUUAAAUGUGUAUAUAUUAAGAAUUAAUAUAUAUUAAUUACAUACUG